CAUCUGAUCCAAGUUAAAUCUCAUGGUGCGUUGAUGUAACAAUAGCCGGCAAAGAAAAGUUGUGUAUUUAAUGUCAAAUAUUAAAUAAAUAGCCCGAGCCCACGCACGUGCAAUGCAAAUUCGUCGUCCGCGAGGUGUUACAGUUCCACAGUUGAUGGUGGUCACGGCAAUUGGGGUGCUGGGCGGUAUUUACAUUUGGCAGCCACUCAUUUUAAAGUAUAAAAACGACAAGAAAACGGAAGUGGAGCCAAAAUCAGCUGAGACUAGCGGAUCUACAAAAUGAGUUUCAUUAACGGCUUCAAGAGAUUCGCCACAACUACUGUCGGUUUGAUGGCCAUCGGCAUCGGAUCGACCGUCCUCAUCUACACCACCCAUCGCCUUGUUAUCAAGCCCCAUCUCCUUCAGAAACGCCGUGAGGAAGCCGAGUCCUGUGCGGAAUACCUGUUCCAGCAGGAGGUGCACUCCCCGACUGCCCAAUCGAGACGCCAGCAAAGCGAGUUUUGAGCGAAGGAUAUCUUGUUUCGAUGAUCAUCUUCACAUACAUUUAGCUAGUGAUUAAUUACCAAAUUUCAAUGCUGUAACUAUGGUGAACAAUGGAAUUUUACUUUCAUACCUUCAUUUUGGGUGGAGAGCCCCAUUUUCUUAUGUUCAUUUUAGAUUAAACAACGCUUAAGUUAAAUCCAAUGGAAUUUUUAUGAAAGCAAUAUGAAUUGAAUAAAUAAUGAAAAGCA